GAAGUCUGGGUGAUGUCCUUUACUCUAGCCCCGUGCUGGAGAUGUGUCUUGCAGGCAGAGCUCAUUGAAAAGGUUGAAAGGUCCCACAAUGCAGAAUCUUGUUUAACUUUUUAAACCAGCUUUUCCCAAGUGGCUGUGACCUUGAAGAUGUUUUUGUGCAAACACUACUUGGACCUACGGAGCUGAGGUCAGCUCUGCCUGGGAAGACGUGACCCUGCUUCAGCUCAUGGUCCCUGCCCAGGCUAAGCCAGCCCAACACCUGGGAACAGGAGCCCUCCUGCUUUCAGCUAGUGGCUUGGCUUUCCCCACACCUGGUACCAGGCCCCCAGCAGCCCUCUGCCUGGGCCCUGCACGAGGUGACAAACAGGCAGAGAGCAGGGCACUGAUGCGAUGCACAGCAGGGUCCUGUCCAGGCACGACACCAUGUGUGUCCUCCACCUCUGGCUCCUCCUGCUUCUGGAGUACCUGGCUGCCUAUCCCUCAAAGAAUUGGGAGCUUGACCAUCCUCAAACCCUCUACGCCUGGGAGGGGGCCUGCAUCUGGAUUCCCUGUCAGUACUCAGUCCCAAGGUACAAGGCCCUGAAAAAUCUCAUCCUGUUCCACAAUUAUGUGUACGAUGACACCAUCAAGGACUUCAAGGGGACUGUCCUCUAUAAUAACACAAAGCCUGGCGAGUUCCCUCCUCAGCUGGGAAGGACACAGUUCCUGGGAGACAGAGAAAGAAACUGUACCCUGAAAAUCGACCCGGUGCACGUCCAAGACAGUGGCAAGCUGGGGCUGAGGAUGAUAUCAGAAAAGGACAAAUGGAUGGAGGAGAUUCACCUCAAUGUCUCCAAGACCCCUCUUCCACCUCGCAUCCAGAUUCCUCAAGAGAUUUUGGAAUCCCAGAGCAUCACGCUGACCUGCUCGCUGGAUUUUGCCUGCUUUGGGUACCCCGUCCAUUUACAGUGGUCCCUGAAGGGGUCCACUAGUAACUCCAUCUCGCUUUCCAUUGAGAACGUCCGAACCUACAGCCAUCUCACCUUCCAACCACAGUGGACUGACCACGGGAGUAACCUGACCUGCCAGGCCACGAAUUCCACUGCCGUGCUCUCUGAGGAAACGGUGCAGCUGCACGUGCAGUACACUCCGAAGUUGAAGAUCGAGGUCAGUCCCAGUGAUGCCACUGUCAUAGAAGGGGAGUCUGUGACCAUGACAUGCCAGGUCACCAGCAGCAACCCAGAGUACAAGACUUUUUCCUGGCUCAAGGACAGUACUCCCCUGAAGGAGCAGAAGACGCUCACGCUGACUCUGCCCACAGUGGACAGGCACAUGAGUGGGAAGUACAGCUGUCAGGCCUCCAACGAUGUGGGCAAAGGACUGUCUCAAGAAGUGAACCUCCAAGUGCUCUAUGUUCCUGAACCGUCCAAGGUUCAGAUCCACCCGUCACCUGCUAAGGAGGGAAAAGCAGUGGAGCUCAUCUGCGUAUCACUGGCUAGUCCUCCUGCCAGCAACUACACCUGGUAUCACAACGGGAAAGAAAUGUCGGGAACAACACAAGAGAAAUUCCAGAUCCCCAAUGUCCACCUCUCGGAUGCUGGGAGUUACGCCUGCUUGGCAGAAAACAAGCUUGGUCAAGGACAUAUUGGCGACAAGGCCACGCUGGACGUCCAAUAUGCCCCCAAGGAGGUGACUGUGAUGAUUCAAAAUGCCACACCGAUUCGAGAAGGAGACAGCGUGACCCUGUCCUGUAGCUUCAACUCUAGUAACCCCAGUGUCACCCGGUACAAGUGGAGCCCUCAGGACUCCUGGAGUGAGCUGACAUCUGGGGUGCUGAGGAUUCAGAGGGUCGCCUGGAAUGCCAUGCCCAUCAGCUGUGCAGCCUGUAACCAGUGGUGUUCAUCGUCUUCUCCUGUCAGCCUGGAUGUCCAGUAUGCCCCCAAGGAUGUGAGGGUCCUACAGAUCAGUCCUCAGUCAGAGAUUCAUGCUGGGCACCGAGUCCUCCUCCGAUGUGAUUUCUCCAAGAGCCACCCCUCAGAAGUGCACUUCUUCUGGAAGAAAAAUGGAAGUCUUCUACAAGAAGGAAGAGAACUGGAGCUCAUCUCCAUCUCCCCCGAAGACUCCGGGAAUUACAGCUGCAUGGUCAGAAACUCCAUAGGACAGACCUCAUCCAAGGCCUUGAGGCUCCAAGUGUUGUAUGCACCCCGGAGGCUGCGUGUGUCCAUUAGCCCGGAAGGCGGAGUGAUGGAGGGGAGGAGUGCAACCCUGACUUGUGAGAGUGAUGCCAACCCUCCAGUCAGGCAGUACUACUGGUUCGACUGGAAUAACCAUGACCUCCAGCACAUGGGGCAGACGCUCAGACUGGAGCACGUGAAGGUCAAGCACUCAGGCUCCUACUGGUGCCAGGGGGCCAACCGGCUAGGCAUGGGCAGGUCGCUGCCCAGCACCCUCUCUGUCUACUAUAGCCCGGAGACCAUCGGCAGGCGAGCCGCCUUGGGACUCGGGGUCUGCAUGGCUGUCCUCAUCUUGACCAUCUGGGGGGUGAAACUUCGGCGCAAAUGGAAGAGGACACAGAGCCAGCAGGGGCUUCAGGAAAAUUCCAGUGGUCAGAGCUUCUUUGUGAGCAAUAAAAAGGUUAGAAGGACCCCCCUCUCAGAAGGCCCCCGCUCCCUGGGCUGCCACAACCCGCUGAUGGACGAUGGCGUGAGCUACGCUGCCUUGCGCUUUUCCGAGACUGAUGCUCCAAGAGCUGGAGAUGUGGGAACUUCAGAAACACAAGGUCAUGUCCCAAACAACGAUGACACAGUCACUUAUUCAGUGGUGCAGAAGCAACUCGUGGGUGACUACGAGAACGUGACUCCAAGUUGCCCAGAGGAUGAAGGAAUUCAUUACUCAGAGCUGGUUCAGUUUGGGGCUGGAAAACGGCGCCGGAUGCAGGAAGACGUAGAAUAUGUGACCCUCAAGCAAUGAGGUUGGAACAAGUGGUGGUGGACACUCCCAGAGCCAAAGGGGCCCAGAAAGUUCUAGAGCUUUCCCCAGCUGCUACAGUUCAGCAGGGCCUUCUCCCUGCACAUGUGCACACAUGCAAUCGCUGUGCCCGGCCCCAGCCAGCCCUCCUUCUCAGCACUGGUAACCCCGACCCCAUGUUGUACAGUUCCUCCUGCUCCCCAACCCCAGCCACCUGCCACCAUCCACUCCCACGCAAGCCUGACCCCAGCUGGAUAUGUCCUUGCUGAGAUCAGCUUGUCACUAACAUUCUUCUUCCCUUCCCUGUCUCUUUGACCCCCCUCACUUCCACUCACCAGGCCUCUGCCCAAUUUCUAACCCUGAGGGAAGUCCCCAGGGAAGGACAGAAAUGAGGCAGAAAGAGGCACUGUCCCCAGCUGGCUUCUCCCCUACAAACAUGUCUAACAAGCAAGCUAGGCCCUCCAUGGAGACGGUAACCUUGCGGUGGCUCCCACUCUCGGGGUUCUGAGGAGGAGCAGAUAGACUGACAUGAGGUAGACAAGGGCUGCACAAUAAAAAUGGCACA